UCUAACGUGUUGUUGUUACUUGUUGACCCAAGAGAAAAUGAAAGAAAGUGACAAAUUAACUGUUUUUGAGGUGUAAAUAUUUGAAGUGUAGAGUACGGAAAGUUGACUGGAAGAUGUCUCGGGGCCAGCAGUUUGAACGUGGCGCCGAGAUUCAGGGUCGUGCGAACCAUGACGUGCUUGGCCUGAAAGUUGACUUGAUAUACACAACCGCCCACCCGAGUCUUGCCACCUUUCCUUUAUCCUUGCCUGCUAUAUUCCGCCCCAACCUUCCACAAGCAGAGAGAGACACACAGGCUAUCAUAUCUGCUGUUCUCAUGCUCCUGUGCCUAAAUUAUAGGACGAUAUUGAUCGGAAACUUGUGGCGACUGUGUGGCAGGGCUGGUGUUGUGGGAGGUUGUGGCUGCCGGCGCUAGAUGGCACCACCAACCGAUCAAUCCGCUGUGUCCGCCUCCGCCGAGAUGAUGUUUUUACGCCUUAUCGCGGCAUAUUAUGUGUGCUACCCUUACAGUGAGGUGGUUUCCUUACGUAACUGAAAUAGAAAAUCAAUGGCAUCAAAUUAGGCUAAAAUGUAGCAAGGAUAGAGCGAGUGUAACCAGGUAGAGAGACUUGAAGGAUAAAUUUCGCCUUUCGUCCGUCGUCGAGCACUUUCCAUGCGAGGAGCGAUAUAGUUCCAGUGUUGUCGGCACGGCCAAGCCCCCGUGGUGUGUUGUAGUGCGCCCUCCCCAAUGGACACCCGCCCGCAGUGAUAACUCAGUGUGUGUAGUGUGUAGUAGUCCUUGUUCUCCUGGAUAACAUUUACUCUCUGCAGGAGCUUGGAAAACUCCCCCUGGGGCUCACUGGAAGAGGUCGGUCACCGAAAAUACGACACCUGUGUACCUUGAGCGGCAGGCUUCUGGGACGUCACCCCGAGGCACUAUGGUUAACGUGUAAUGGUGGGCAGGGAGGCGCGUCAUGGGGGACCCGCUGGAGGCCGUGGAGGGGUCGGACUCGGAGAUCAGCCGCCUGUUCCCCAAGUGCCGGCCUCGCUCCACCACCCACACGCCCACCACCACACCCACUGACGCCCGCCGUUCUGACGUAAAUCUCAACUGUGUCCUCGACUCAGACGACAACGACAACUACGAGCCACAGCUCACUACCAGCGACCUGCCCAGGAUCUACGACAACGCCAAGCUGAGUCGAGAUAGCGGAAGUAGCGGCCGCAUGUCUGUGGACAGUGGCUCGGGCUCCCACUCGGGCUCUACGCCGGACUCCAGAUCGGGCUCCCACUCGGGCUCCCGGUCCGAAUCCGCCAAGAUGGAGCGCAGUACCGAGGAUGUUGACAUGGACGUGGACGUUUCAGUUGUCAGUGCUUAUGACGAUUAUGAUGACCGUUAUCUCAGGUCGUCUGUGUUAGACUCCUCCUACGAGGAGGCGCCGCCACCGCCGCCGCCCACUUCUCGGCCCCAACCCCAGCGUCGCGAGCACUUCCGCCUCCGAGACUCGCGCAUCGAGAUAGCUGGUGGGCGAGAAGUAUUUAGCCAUAGCCGGUCACGCCCCGCACGUCGUAGACACGAUGAGUCACAGCGGCGGAGAGGACAGCAGAACCAGCGGCAACAGCAUCAGCACCAGCAGCCGCCAUCGCAGCAGCAACAGCAGCAGCAGCAACAGCAACAGCAGCAGCAACAGCAGCAACAACAACAGCAACAGCAACAACAGCAGCAGACGCAGCAGCCAGAUCAGCAGCAGGAGGACCACCAAUGGCCGGACUCUCCUGGUGGCAGUGAGGAGCGAAGCCACGGGUGCUCUGUGCGGCAGUCACCGUUGGUCUACGAAACACGACUGGCGGGUUCUUCUGAGGUGGUGUUUGAUGACAUAGGAGAGUGGGUGGCCCGCGGUUUGACUGUGAGGGCUUUAGAUGACAGGCCUGCCUCUCCGGGCUCCCCUACUGCUCAGCACACAGUGGGACCGCCAGAUUCCGGUGACCAAGGCUACUUGGCCGCCUACGAGCGGUCUACCUCACCCUCCGAUUCAGACUCCACCCAAGAGUCCGCCACGCACAAGGUCACCAAGAUCGGCAACGUUCCUAUCGCCGAAUACGAGGGGUCACCGCGACGGUACGGUCCCCGCCCUUCUCCAAGGACCCACAGUCCCCGUGGAGGACACCAUGCGCCUCCGCCACGACCGCCAAGGCCUGGCUUUCCCCGUCGCGUAACUGCAGAGGAGGGACCGACUAGGGAAGCCGCCUGUGAGCCUGUGGUGAUGGCUACUAGCGAGGUAAAUUCGCCUCACGAAGAGAACACAGAAGCAGUUGCCUCUGAGGAGCCCAGCAGUGACCAGCCAGGGCCGGACUCAUGCUCGGAGGCAGACAGCUCGUCCCCUGGUCCACCCGUUAUAGCCAUAUCCACCCUCACGUCCUCGUACUCAGGGAGCCUUGCCGCGCAGCCUGAGCCCGCUGCUGCCGACUCUGAAAUGUAUGACUAUUCAUACGAAAUGUCGGAAACCAGAAAAGUCCUGGAGGAAUUCUUCAAGGAACAAGGAGCGCGUGGUGAUGAGUUUCUUGAUCUAGAGUAUCACCUCAAGCGACAACAAGGCAACAGUUAUGUGGGCUUGCGGUUGGCGGCUGAAUAUAGCGAGGAACAGUCAGCGGGUGAUGGUGGUGAGCAGGAGCCUGUUGCAGUCAACUCAGACCAGCAAGCCAAUUCCUCAGAACACCAUAUCAGUAGCUCAGAUCACCACAACACUAGUUCUGACUACCACAACUCCAUAGAUGCCCAUAGCAACCCCGGAGAAAAUUAUGCCAAUGGCGUCGAGCACCACAGUAACACCAUGGAUCACCACAGCAGUGCAGAGUAUCACGCGAAGGGCUCCGAGCAGAUGAAUAGUGAACCGGAGUCCCGAGACAACCCACCGCCAGAGCACGCCGUCCAUCCCGACCCUGGGGUGGACCACACCACGCAUGAGGUGGGUCACUCCCGCAACUUCACACUCUCCCCCGAGACCACUUCCUGUGACUCAGGGGAUGUGGAAAGUGAUUACUCAGGGGUGGAUCCUGAGGGGUCUGUCCACUCAUCGUCACGGGGAAUAUGUUCUGCCAUGCCUGUCCUAGAGGAUGGCUUGUCUUCAGGAGAGGAAAGUGGCAUGGAAGUACCUGAAGAAGAGGAAAGCAAAGAGUCUUUAUAUGAUCAGGAGCAAGAGGAACUCAAGGUUGAAUUAUUAGAGGAAGAGCAGCAGCAGCAGCGGCCUGUCGUUCGUUCCUUGGACGAACAGUUGUGUCGGGGUGAGCUGCCGCCUCUCAACCCAGUCUCAACGCUCAGCUCCCACAACUCACCCCUCCCUAAUGCUGCCAGUUCACCCCAUACCAAACUUCAUUCACGAACUUCUUCUCAUAAUAAUACUCAGUCUCCUUCAUCUUCAACACUCAAACUCAUGAAGAAACAGAUCACAGAGAUUGAGAGGGAGAUAGCCAUGAGGAGGCCAGAUGGGGGGCCCAGGAGGGGGGGGCAUGAUGGAGAGGGACCCCAGCCCCCCCUUGACCUGCAUCUACUAGAUCCUCUCAAUGAGAAGAUGCCUGAGCCGCCCCCCCCACCUGCGCCUCAUCCUCACCGUGGAGGCUCGGCUGCAGACUCCGUUGUAGAAAAUGGUAGUUCAUCCUCAACCCCAAAUCAAAUGCUGGCCGUGUCUCCCAGCCACGUCCUUGGCCACCUGCACUCUCCUCAGUACACUCCAGGUUAUGCGUGUAGCAGAGGCAAGUAUCUGCCCACCUGCAGGAUUUCAGGACCAAGUAGUGGUCCUCACCUCCUAAGUGCCAUGGGGUCCCUCACCAGUCCAGUGCAGCAUAAGGUGGCACCUCACAUGGUUCAAGGCCAUCCAGCAGCACAUGACCUUCUCCACAAUGCAGCUUCAGGUGGAGGAGUUCCCCAAAGCCGAGAAAGUGUUGAAGCAGCGAUAGCAGAUAUCAAACAAGCCAUAAGAAGAACAAAAAAUUUGCCUGUUAAAUCUCAUCCACAAGAGAGGUCUCCUGUCAAUGACAAAGCUCCUGUGUGGAUACCUCGGAAUAGUGGUGGGCGACGAGAACCUAUACAGUUGCAGCAUCAACAGCCAGCACAGCAACCACAGCCUCAACAACAGCAGCAACAGCAACAGCAGCAGCAGCAACAACAACAAACUCCACAACCACAUCAACAGGCACCACAACAACACUCGCCCCCACCACAACCACCACAUCCGAGCAAUGGACAGCAGUCUCAGCCACAGUCACCACAGCAGCACAACCCACAGCCGCCGCAGCAGCCCCAGUUGGAGGCAGCAGCAGCGGCGGUGGCGGCGGUAGCAGCCGAGACCAGUAGGAGCCCCGACUCCGGGCGACAUGAGGAGGGUGAGUGGCGGAGACGACAUCCCGGCCCACCAGGUGAGUACGGCAGGUGUGGGCAUCCCCGUCAUCGCCACCCCCACCCCCAAGCCCUCGGCCUGCUCUCCGCUCUCAUGAACGAUGGCGACACCGACCAGGAGACGGACCGACUGCUGGGUCAACAGAGGUCAGAUGAUCCCGGCUUCUACGACGAAAAGGGCUGGCGGCGGCCGAAAACCCGAACUGUCAUGCCCCGCCCGCCAAAUCACAAGGCAAACGGGGGCGGGGCCACAAGCAACGGCUCCACCCCCUCAACGCCCAUUGGUCAGGGUCAACAAGUUCCAUCCAAUCAGGCGCCUUCUCCGCCGCCGGAUAUGGCGGCACCUAAUAAGACAAAGAUUAAAAAGGAGAAAGAAACCAACAAGAAGAAAGGCCGUUCCAAAGAAGUGAUGAUUCACGAACCUGCAGUGCUGAUCGAAGGUGUGUUGUUCCGUGCCCGUUACCUGGGCUCCACCCAGCUGGUCUCUGAAGGACAGCCCACCAAGACCACGCGCAUGAUGCAGGCGGAGGAAGCUGUGUCACGCAUCAAGGAUGCAGAUGAUGAUAAGGAAGCGCUGGCGGAAAGUAACGGUCCAGAACUCCUCCCAGGCCCCCCACACUCCCCAAGCCCUAAGCACUCUCCUCUCUCCCAUCAAUCUCCUGCCUCAUGUCUUACAUCAGGAGAAUCUGAUUCAUUGAAGGAGUUUUUGUCAAGAAACAACUCCCCACAGAACUUAAAUCCUCCCAUAACUACAGUGAUCACAUCCAAGUCCUUAUCCUCACCCUUGGCACAUGAACAAAUGAAAGGUAACACCUCACCUUCUCAGGGAAGAGAUAUUUCCAGUGUCUCCUCAGAAGCCCCAUCUCAGCAUGGGAAGGUGUGGAAGCCUGGACAUCGGUUAAGUCAGGGUGUUCUUACUUCCCCUUAUGUGGGCCAAGUCAACUUAGCAGUUCAUCCUAAUAUACCCAUAGUUGCUCCACUCCCACCUGGUGUUCUUGAAGAACCUAUUAGAAAUCCAGAGAACCGAUUUAUUGCAGCAGAAGUAAUGGAAGUACCUACAAAUGUAGAUGGGAUAGAUGUUGAAUAUGAAGAUGAAGGAGAGAAUGAAGAUGAAGCAGAAGAAGAAUGCAGAAAGGAACCGCAAGUAAAGAGAACUGAAAAUGAUGGGAAUGAAGAUGAUGAUGUUGAUGACGACGAUGAUGACGAUGAUGAUGAAGAUGACGACGAUGAUGAUGAUGAUGAUGAAGAGGAACAAGAAGAGGAGGAGGAAGAGGAAGAUGAAGAUGAAGAUGAAGGAGGUGAUAAACAUAGCAGCGUGGACAGUGAAGAUCAGUGCAUCGAAGUGCUGACAGUCCUGCCCACCACCAGUGGUGGAGCCCAGCAGGAUGGCAAUGAGUCCCUGGAGGUUGAUGGAGGUGGAGGGAGUUUGGAUUGGGUGUCAGAGGAGGGUGGGGGACCAGGGCUGGGGCCAGCUGGGACGGUGUUCCACCUGCGACUGGUGGGCUCAGUGGAUGUUGCUGAAGAGUCAGGUAAAGCGCCGGCUCGGAAGACUGCCUGCAAGCGGCCCAAGAAGGAUAUGGUUAUGGAGGCCGUGUCUCAUCUGAAGGCAUUGGCCCCUGAUGGAGAGUCCCAGCCCAGCACUGAAGUGGAUCUCUUCAUCUCAACAGAAAAGAUUAUGGUGCUUAACACAGACCUAAAGGAAAUCAUGAUGGACCAUGCCCUGCGUACCAUUUCAUACAUAGCAGACAUUGGGGACUUGGUGGUGCUGAUGGCACGGCGGAGAGUCCUGCCUACUGAUGAUGCCACCAAUGGCAUCCAGAAGACUCCUAAGAUGAUCUGUCAUGUAUUUGAGAGUGAUGAGGCUCAGUUUAUUGCUCAAAGCAUUGGGCAAGCUUUCCAAGUGGCAUACCUCGAAUUUCUCAAAGCAAAUGGCAUUGAGGAUCACAGCUUUGUUAAGGAGAUGGAUUACCAGGAGGUGCUAAAUUCACAAGAAAUAUUUGGAGAUGAACUUCAAAUGUUUGCCAAAAAGGAGCUACAGAAGGAGGAGCUUUAUAUCUCAAAAACGGUGGUUGUGCCUAAGAUGAAGAGUGAAAUCCUUGGAGUGGUUGUGGUAGAGUCUGGCUGGGGCUCUAUGGUGCCUACGGUGGUCAUUGCCAAUCUUUCCCCAACCGGUGCAGCUGCCAAGUGCGGUCAGCUCAAUAUAGGCGAUCAAAUAAUAGCCAUCAAUGGAGUGUCAUUGGUGGGGCUCCCACUUUCAACCUGUCAAAAUUAUAUAAAGAACACAAAAUAUAACACUGCAGUGAAACUAACAGUUGUGCCAUGCCCUCCUGUUGUUGAGGUCAAGAUUAGGAGACCUGACACAAAAUAUCAAUUAGGCUUCUCUGUACAAAAUGGUGUCAUUUGCAGUUUAUUAAGAGGUGGGAUAGCUGAGCGUGGAGGUGUAAGAGUUGGCCACAGAAUCAUUGACAUCAAUAGUCAGUCUGUUGUUGCUGUACCUCAUGAGAAGAUAGUUAACCUCUUAGCAACAUCUGUUGGUGAGAUUCGAAUGAAGACGAUGCCUACAUCAAUAUUCCGGCUUUUGACUGGCCAGGAAACUCCCCAAUACAUAUAGUGCUUCUUGAUCAGUGUAUUUAUUACACUCAGAUAUUACUUCAGCUGCUUGAAUGGAUGGACUAGUGUAAGCCAGUGACUCAGUUGUGUAUUUCUUUAUGAGCUAUGGAAAUUAAACUCCUUUUAGUUACUAUGUGCAAGCUGGAAAUACCUUGGCCCCCUCAAUCCUGUAAGAACACUGUUAAAAGAAUGAAAUUGGUCUUGUCUUCAUGUUCCAUAUAACCAAAGAUAAAAGUAUAAUGUUAUGAGGAAGAAAUGAGCCAAAGUAGCAUUAGACUACAAAAACUGUACAUGCAUGUCUAAUAAUGUUUCCAGUUCAUAUUAUUGUAGACAAAAUUUACAAGUUGGUGGUGCCAAGAAUUU